AACUUGUCCGUUACUUAAAAGAGAAUGAAGCAUGGUCAUAUGCUGAUUUUCUAAAUCGCCGAUCCUCACAACAGUACAUUCUUCAAAUAGAUGGCUUGCUCUUGACAGCACCUGGACCCGUAGAUUUUUAUUCAAAGCAAAAGAGUUGA